CCGCGCCCCGCCCCUCGGCCCGCGCACUGCCCCGCGCGCCCCGCCUCGGAGCCGCGCUGCCCGGGGCCUGCGGCCUCGUCCCGUCGCGGAUGGCGCACUCGCCGGCCGCCGUGCCAGGAGCGCAGGAGCCGGGCUGCCCCAUCCGCGUGGAGCACGACCGUCGGCGCCGCCAGUUCACCGUCCGGCUCAACGGAUGUCACGAUCGGGCCGUCCUGCUCUACGAGUACGUGGGCAAGCGGACCGUGGACCUGCAGCACACCGAGGUCCCCGACGCCUACCGCGGGCGCGGCAUCGCCAAGCACCUCGCCAAGGCUGCCCUGGACUUCGUGGUGGAGGAGGACCUGAAGGCCCACCUCACGUGCUGGUACAUCCAGAAGUACGUCAAGGAGAACCCGCUGCCGCAGUACCUGGAGCGCCUGCAGCCGUGACCCUGGCCGGGGGCAGGUGCGCCCUGCCAGACCUCUCCUCGCCCUGGCCCUGCCUCCGUGUGCUCUCAGGAGACCUGGAUCCCAUGGCGGUGGGCCACUCAGCUGUUUUGUAAGGACGCUCAUCUGGGCCCCGGAGGCGGCUGCCCGAGGAUGGGCAGGUCCGGUGACUGGCAAGGGGAGGCCAGGCAGCCGAAUCCCGGCAGCUCCUGCCUGCAGAUCUGGCGGCUUCUCGGAAGACCAUACGGCCUGUUGUGGGCAGGCCUGUGAGGGCCCGUAGGCAGGACUGGGACACGGACGGGCAUCCCUGUGGCCCGCUGUGCCCCCUUGAGUUCCUUGCUCUGUGAUUGGCAAGUGCUGUCCUGGCACCCCCUCACCACCCCUGCCAUUCGGUCCUAUUUGCAGAGGGGGUGUUCCCAGUGUUGAGAGGAGCAAUAGAAACUAUGUGCCAACUUCCGAGGGCACAGUGCCAGCUGCGGCUGCCGUCAGCACUGCCCGCCUUCCUCCAGCUGCCCGCCUGGCAGGGGUGGCCGGGAACGGUGGCCUGGGCAUUAGCGCGGGCUCACCUGUGCACACAGCACAGGCAGCACGGAAGCUGAGUGCCAGGCGGUGCGCCGGGCAAAGAGGCAGGGGGCACCAGCUGCUCUCUCCCUGCUGCCUGUGCCCUAACUCCUGGCCUCCUUGUCUGUCAGCUCUGCGGGAACCGAGGUCCCGCCCCCUGUGGCUGCCCUGCCCUCUCCAUCUGCCUGUCGCCAGGCAGCUCCAGGGGCUCCAAAACCUCCCAGGGACCCGCCCCCCUGGCCCGGGCCCUGGGUGAGCUUCCUCAGAAGGGACCCUGUGGAGCAGAGGUGGGAGGGAGGUGAACUGUCCUCAAAGCCGUCCUCACCACCAGGAAAGACACUUUUCUGCAGAGGCUUCCCUUCGGGGCCGCAGCCUCGGGGCACCUUCCGGGGGAGCAGUGGUUGGGCAUGGCCGUGACCUGCACGUGCACGCUCUGGCCCCAGGGAGCCUGGGAAUGGCGGAGGGCACCUCCUUCCGGCUGUGCUCCCCAACUCUGCAGUGUGCUAUAUGAGGGCCAGGGGAGCGCCUGUUCCCCUGUGCUGGGAGUCAUGGGCCAGCAGGGGGUGGGCACAGCUGCUGGGCCCCUCCCAAGGCUGGGGCAGCCCACCCUGGCACAGCUGAAGAAGGGGGGGUAGGCCUGAGAGUGGACAGACCGGCCGGGUCUUUUCUCUCCCUCCUUCCCUCCCCACUCACACAAGUUUACAUACAGAUUCGUCAUGGAAACUGUCCAGCAGCUCAGUGAGCUGGUGCUCUCGCUCUGCGGCCUGUGGGUGAGGUGGCCCAGUGCUAGGAGGAUGCCCGACUCGGGGCUGGGACAAGCAGGCGGUGGGUGGGGCCAGGGGCGGUGUGUCUCAGCCUGAGCCUGGUUCUAACAGCAGGUGGCGGGCCAUGCUGGGCCAGCAGGCAGACAGAACUCGUUAAUUGAACCAGGAGCUGCUGGGGGGGUGGGGGGCGGGCAGUGAGAGUGGGUGGCCUUGGCCCAGGGACAGCUUGUCCUAGUUCCUGCAGGUGUGGCUGCCUUGCCUCCGCUGCCUUAAAGUGCCGCUGACCGCUGCGGGCCGUGCUGCGUGGCCGCCGGGCCCGGGCAGCAGCAAGAGCCUGACGCUCUCCAGGCUGGGAACACGGCAGCCCUCGGCCGGCACGGUCAGUGUGGCCAUGGCUGGCCACCUCUGGUGCUGCCCCAUGUGUCCGGCAUCCAGCCCGCCCCCCUCCACCUCCCAGCCAGGAGGCCGGGAGCCCUUGCUGUGGCCGGGGCGGCACCAGCCCCUCCCAGCAGGUCGCUCACAGGCCCGGGUUCCUCACAUCUCGCUUAGAUUUCAAAACAGGUCGUAACUCACGUGCCUUCCCCCCUCAGGACCCGCUCUGGGUGACGUCUGGCCAAGGCCCUGGGCCCCUUUGUUGUUUUUUAAGUUCCUGACCAGAGCGCCGGACAUGCGUGUCAGCGGGAGCCGUGGCCGGCCUCGGGCUGCCUGCUGGUUGGCCCUGCGUUUACAGUGAAUAAGCUGAGGCGUGGGAGCCGCAGGUGUGAGGGGCUAGGCGGGGCUCCCCGCCCUCCAUCCCUGCUGCCCUGACCUUGCUCGCAGCCGGACGGCACGUGCGCACAGGGUGGCCGAGGCCUCACAGCCAGACAGCAGGGCCACCGAGGUCUGGGGGGCACCUUGCUCCCGUGCCUUCUCCCCUUUCACCGCCAGCCAGGGCCCUGCCCUGUCCCUGCCUCCACCCGAGGGAAGGGCCAUCUGAGGCCUGGCCAUGCCUUCACCGCAGAGCGGCUGCAAGGGGCUCACCUGGAAGAGGCGGUGAUGUCAUAGGGCCUCACAUCAGCUGCUGCUCUUAGACGUGUCUCUCUCCCCCACAAAGCCUUCUCUUGGGGCUUCUAGUCCAGGGGAGCGAGAUGGGGUGCCCAUGCCGGCCUGUGGGGGCAACGUCACCAAUGGCCUCAAAACAGGAUCGAGGGGCCUGGCCGGUGUGGCUUAGUUGAACACCGUCCCAUGCACCACAAGGUCACCAGUUCAGUUCCCAGUCAGGGCAUGUACCCGGUUGCAGGUUGAUCCCCAGUUGGGGUGUGCAGGGAUGGGGGACUCCUUUCUGAGUGGGAUGUUUUCCUCCUAGUUCCCAGCCUGGGGGUGACCGUGCUGCCCCCAAACACAGGAGGAAGAAGAGGCAUUGCGGUGGCCAGGCCAUCAGGCCUGUCGGAUAGAUGAGGGGCAGGCCCUGUAGCCGCAGGAGGCUGGGAGGCAGGGGCAGGGUCUGUGCCCAUCCCCCUCCCCAUAACACAAUGUGCCCUCUGUCCGCUCUCAAGGACGGCCCGGGAGGGCCGUGCACUGUCCCUGCACCUCCCCUGGUCACUGGGAAGGCUGGGAAGGGCUCUGUCUGGAGCCGCAAGGUCCAUGGCUGACGGGGAUGCCCGGCGGAUGCUGAGAAGGUGGCUGCGUGCCAGGCCACUGUGAUGGGGAGAUUGACGGAGCGUCCACCCAUCCCCUCGCUUGGUCCUCAGCGCAGAAGCCUCUGAUUGGCUGAUGUCUACCCAGAUGUCCCCUCUGCUGUUCUCAGGGCCCCACUUCCUCCAAAUCAGCACCCUAAGUUUUCUAUGAGGGCACGGAACUGUAGCCUGCAGGCCCAAUACUGGGUGGUUUUCAGUUGUGUCGUUCUCAUGGCUACAGGAUAUUAAACAGAUUCUUUUCUGGCUCUCA